AGAAGGUGUGUCAGUGCAGCAGCAGAACACACAAAACAGUACUUUUUUUUUGAGAAUUCAUGUUUUGGAGACUCCAGAGCAGUCAGCUUGUCUUCUUGAGUGGAAACCACUUGCAGCAGCAACAGAUGAGCUUCUUCUCGCUCUCUUCCUUUUUCAGACUGGAGCUUGUCAGCGACGAUGCAUUAGUAUUAUUUCCCUCAGAUAAGUUGUAGUAUAACUCACUGAUUUGUCUGCAAAGAUGGAAAGUUUCUCUGAACUCCUCUCUGAUGCAUUCUCAGAGACCUCCGGUCCGUCUUUCUCCGGUGAAGAUCUGGACUUUGAGAAUUUGAAUUUCGAUGAAAACUCAGAGGAAGACGAGGCACAGCGUGUGACAGCAAAGACAGACGGAGCUCUGCUGCAGGAAGCCACUGGUGAAGCUGCAGAGCUGUUUGACGAGGAAGAUGAAGAUGGGCUGCACACGGCCGAAAAGGUUUACAAGGAGCCCGUCGAUGGAGGCAGUGAUGAGGAGGAUUUUCCGGGCGUAGGGGCCGGUCUCAUGAGUCUCAACAAAGCACCAGAGGAGGAUUACACGAGUUCAGAAGAAGAGUCUGAUGAGGAGGGUCCUGCCUCCGGAGACGACGAAGACGAGGAUGAGGAGAAGCCGGGGGAUUUGCUGGAGUCAGUCCGCCGCUCUGAUGAGAACGAGGACAGGAUGGGAGCAGGAGGACAACCUCUCGCCCCGCAGAGUCCCGGAAACCCUCAAGUUAGUAACAGGGAGCAGGGCGAGGCCGAGAGCGACGAGGAGCUGUCCUAUUUUGGACAAGUCCCAGAGAAAGGCAGCGAGACGGCGAUGAGGAGCGAUGAGAGCGAAGAGGACGAGCGGGAGAGCGACAAGGAAGAGCCAGAGUUUUCAUCUGGAGCUGAGAGCGGAGGCAUGAAGGUCGAAAUCGAGGAGCGAGAGGUUGACCAUCCCAGCAGGCCGCAUCCCGCCCGAGCAGGCCUGGACUUUCAGUGCUUAUCGCUGCAGAACCUGCAGGAUCUCAUCACCGAGGUAGACGGCGAGGAGUGUGUGGAGAAAAUGAAGGAGUUCUCGGGGGAGGAGCAUCAGGACGCAGGUGAGAGCUUCGCCGAUUACCCCUCAGACUUUUCCUCUUGCGAAUACGUACAAGACGGAGCCAGAGAUCAAGAAAGCGACGGCGAGGCAGACGCUUCGUCCGGUCCGUCUGGCUGCGGAUGGUAUCCGCAGCAGGACGGGGGUUUGGAGCGACACGUGGCGGACCUGACGUGCUCCGACGGCGCCGAGGAGCCCGAGGAGCCCGAAGAGAUGGACGCCGCCGGGCUCGUGAGCCUGAACGUGGCAGGUACAGAACAGAGAGAGCGGAGGGCCGCGGUCGUGGAGCUCAUGGAGGCAGAUGGAGACGGGACGGGCGAGAGCGACUCCUACAGCUCCAGCGAGGACGACGACGGCGGCAACGUGAGGAGGAGCGGCGGGGAAACGUCCGGUCAGUGGGGUCAACAAGACCCCGAAAACAGGAGUCAGCUGGAUUACGCUGAGCUUCUCGGCGGAAGCUGCGCCAUGUUCCGCAGCUCAGAUGACCGUCCCAUGACUAACAGCAGAGUCGACCCGGCAGAUCUCGUCAGCUGGGAUUUCAAUAUGUUGAAAACAGACAGACUCCUGUCUGAGUUUGUGUUAACCACAGACGACACACAACAGGCAGAAACACACACUUCAGGUGUGAACACCGAAGACCACAACAGCUACUCAGUGGUGAAGAGAGACGACACCAAGAGCCCGUCGUCCCACGGAUCGCUGGACGACAGCUUCUUCUUCAACGUCGGAGUGGAGACCUCGGGAGGCGCCGAGGAGCCGGGAAGCGACGAGUACGAAGAGGAGAGGAACUGGGAGCAGGAGCAGGAGAGAAUCAAGGCUUUCUACGAGUAUUAUGACGACAGCGACGAGGAGAAUGACAGAGAGGGAAGACCGACAAAAGUUCAGUUUUGCGCGGAGACAUUGUCUCAAGUCAUUCACUAUGAAAGCGACAGCGACAGAGAUUCACUCAGCAGCUCCACAGACAGAGAGGACGACCAGAGCUCCGCAGAUACAUCUGAUGAACUGGUGGUGCCAGAUGACACACAGCAUGUGAAACCUGAGAGCGAGCCUCUCGCCUCUCAGCUGCAGGACGGCGAAGCAGACAUCAGGAACACACAGAUCCCAGCAAGACGCUCCAGAUGUCUGGGCCUGCUGAAGCUGAUGCUGAAGACGGGUCUGGUGACGGCGGCGGGGCUGCUGAUGUUCUGGCUGGCCACCGACGAAGCCGACUGGCUUCACCAGGUUUCCAUCUUCUAGGGCAGCAGUUCAAGCUUUGGUCAUUCAAAUUGUUUUACAUGCUUAAGAUGAGAGCAACAUAAGAUUUCUUAGAAAAAGCUACAUAGUGUAAAAUCCUCGGCAUUCAAACCUGUUGAAAUGUCUUGUUAUCUUGACUAAUAAAUACCUAAUAAAUGUC